GUGACGAUGAUAUCCUCCCCCUCCCACACGCGCACGCACGCACACGCACGCACACACACACACACCCGCACACACACACGCACACACACUGAGAGGAGAGGCAGCAAACAAGACGCUCUCAUGACGCGAUGGGUUCAGGCUGGAAAACGGACAGCCACAGUGAUCGGCUGCGUCUGAGGAAAACAUGACAGGAUGGCCUUUUUUCCCGUUGAGUUCUGAAGAAAUCUCACGAUCCUCUGAUGGACUCUGGUCUGCUGAGCCAAGAUGAUGAUACAGUGGAAUCUGCCCUCAGCUUGAACCCUCUGUGAAUUAAAUAAACACCAAGGUCCACUGCUUUUGGCUCAAUCUAAAGAGAACUGUCUACCUACUUGAUUCACUAUAGCUCUAUUUGUUUUUGUGCAUUGUGGGACAACACAUGGAAGCAGAAGGAUCUUUUAAAUGGGAUGUGUACCUAGAUGUGGAUGCCUGGACCCUCUUUUCACUCAGUGGGAAUAUAAUGGAAUAAUGGAUGCCAAGUUUCAUUGACUACAAGCACGCUUGGAUUAUUACACCCUGAAAUUAGAGAAAAACAAAACCUACAUCGGUCAUUGGGUGUGAAACACUGACAUGCUUUUCCUGAGAUCCAGCAUGUGCCAAGAGUUAUCACAAGGAGUUAAUAUGAAAAUUGAAUCCUUUUCUGUUGAAUACACAAUGGAAUAAAAGGGUGUUUCCAAAACAGGAGUUUCCAAAACAUUACAAAAAGUAAAACUGGAGCAUUGUAUCCAAACAUAAAGCCCCUUCCCCUGGCUGCAGUGUGGAAACAGGGGUGUGUUUGGAGGUUCACCCUCACCAGGCUGGCGCUUGCAGAUGGAGGCCCACCAACACUCCCCAGAUAGCAGCAGUGAGGAGUGCACCGUCCUGGAGGCUCCACCCGGAAAAAACGCCUGCCCGCAACAUGCAGGGAAGGUGGCUGACCUGUACUGUUCGGCCUGCAAGUGCGCACUCUGUGAAGACUGUCUGCCGGACCAUGCAGAGCAUCCUAAGGUGCCCAUUAGCCAAGCCCUAGAGCAGCACCGCAACAACCUGCAGGAGAGACUGGGGGCUGUUCAGAGCAGACUCCCUCAGAUUUCAGAUGCAUUGUCCUUUGUUAAGGAGAUCCUCCAGCAGCUGACGAAUCAGAGAGCUUCCAUUGAAGAGGACAUCCAAUCGAGCUUCGAGGACCUGCACAAGCAGCUGGAUGUUCGAAAGAGUGUACUGCUGAUGGAGCUGGAAGUUACAUAUGGACUCAAGCAGAAAGUUCUCCAAGCACAGGUAGACAACCUUGUACGGGGAGAGGGGGACAUCACAGCCACUUGUACCCAGGCAGAGGAAUCUCUGGCUGGGGAGCCGUGUGUGGCGAGCCUGCAGGUGGAGCGAGAGCUGUGGGAGAAGCUGGGAGAGCUCACUGGUCUUGGUUUGCCAUGCCAGCCGGAGGAGAAUGACCAACUGGAUCUGGUGAUGGAGACAGAUGGACUGAGGAAGUCUAUACACAACCUGGGGACCAUUGUCACAACCAGUGCGGUGGCAAGCCAGAGUGAAGCCAUGGGUGCCGGUCUUGAGCAGUGCGUUGUUGGGCACCCUGCCUCGGUUACCAUCGUAACAAGAGACAAGUCGGGAGGAGCGUGCAAGAGUGGAAAUGCAAUUCUCUCUGCCGAGGUAUUCACCCCAGAUGGCAGCAUAGUAGAUGGUGAGAUAGUGGAUCACAAGAACGGGACAUAUGAGUUUGUGUACACGGUGCCAAAGGAGGGCGACUUCUCACUGGCUCUCCGUUUGUAUGAUCAGCACAUCAAAGGAAGUCCGUUCAAACUGACUGUCACCAAAGUUCUAGAGGCCGAAGUAGAGGUUUCUCCCUCUACCACAACAGCAACCAACUCAGCAGCCAAUGCCACUCCGUCCACUGGUUCCUCAGAGGGGGUGAAGCGACGAGGGAAGUCACCUGGACAGAAGAAGAAGGGCUCAAAGAGGGCCAGCAGUGCCCUUGGCACCCCGCGACGCAAAACUCAAAACCCCAUUGAGGAUGACCUUAUCUUCAGGAUCGGAACAAAGGGAAGGAAUAAAGGAGAAUUCACCAACCUUCAAGGAGUAGCUGCCUCUUCCAAUGGCAGGAUACUGAUUGCUGACAGCAACAAUCAGUGCGUUCAGAUUUUCACCAAUGAGGGAGAAUUUAAGAGUCGCUUUGGGGUACGAGGACGAUCGCCAGGUCAGCUACAGCGCCCAACUGGUGUGGCCGUGCACCCCAGUGGUGACAUCAUCAUCGCCGACUACGACAACAAGUGGGUCAGCAUCUUCUCCUGUGAGGGCAAGUUCAAGGCAAAACUUGGCUCUGGCAGACUCAUGGGACCAAAGGGUGUGUCUGUGGACCAAAAUGGUCAUGUGAUUGUGGUUGACAACAAAGCCUGCACUGUCUUCAUCUUCCAACUGACUGGAAAGCUUAUUACUAAGUUUGGAAGCCGAGGCAAUGGUGACAAGCAGUUUGCAGGUCCACAUUUUGCAGCAGUCAACAAAAACAACGAGAUCAUUGUGACAGACUUCCACAACCACUCUGUCAAGGUUUUCACCCUCGAGGGAGAACUAGUUUUGAAGUUUGGUUCAAAUGGUGAAGGAAAUGGCCAGUUUAAUGCUCCCACUGGUGUAGCUGUGGACAUUAAUGGGAACAUCAUUGUAGCUGACUGGGGCAAUAGCAGAAUACAGGUGUUUGAUGGCAGUGGCUCCUUCCUGUCCUAUAUCAACACAUCAGCAGACCCUCUUUACGGACCCCAAGGUCUAGCUCUGACAUCAGACGGACAUGUUGUAGUGGCUGACUCUGGCAAUCAUUGCUUUAAAGUCUACCGCUACCUACAAUGAUGGAGGCUUUGAUGAUGAUGGGGGAUGGUGACGUGGAGGCACAAGAGAGGUGGAUGACAAAGCUGUGGUUGAAUUCAGGAGAUAUAGUGAGCAAUGUCAAAUACUGUGAAUUCCUGCAUGAGCCUCUACUGCUGCCUGUAAAUCUGGAAGAAGUGAUAAAUACAGUAGAAGAGAUGAAAAAGCCAAUGAAAACGUGCUGAGUUGCCACAAUUAUAUUAGCAGAACCCAUGCAGGAAUAACCUAAUUUGGAUAUUUUUGGUGUCUCUGAUCAGGUAAGAUCAUCAAAAAAAAAAAAAAUGGACAGCAACAAGACAAGUCUGAAGAGGGCUUAAGACAGGCACGCAUAAGGUGGAAUGGCAAAUUUGCUGCCCUCAUCCAAACAUUGCAAAAUGGGAUACAGGUGUGAUGCAUGGAAAGACAAAAGUUAUGCAACUCUACCAUCAAGUCUACCAUCAUAAAAAUGGAGCAAUGAGGAAGGAUUUAAAUAACAAAAGGAAAAAAAAAAAAACUCAAUCUGCUACAAGUCACAUGAUGAAAAUUUCUUCAAAAACAACUACAUCUACAAUGUGGUCAACAAGGCAUAAAGGGAGCAAAGGCAUAAAUAUGGACAUAGAGGAAAUUAUGUGUGAAAGUGGAGUGAAACAUUGAAAGUUUUCUAAUGUUCUGCCUUCUCAUGUUGUAUGUAAUAGACAAAAAUAAUGCCUAAUGAGCUAAAAGAGAUCUAUGUCUUUCAAUUCCUCUACAUAAUUAGAGACCUCCACAGUUUAAUUCUAUGACUUGGAAGCAAGCGUUAGCUGCCAGUUCUUAAAGCUAGCCAGGGAGCUCUUAAGCAAAGCGCUCAACUUAAAGUUGGCCCAGCGGGAGAGAACUGCAAUUGUGCUGGAGCAUUCAAACAUGUUAAUUUGUACAUAUGGUGAAAGAGAAAUGCCUGGUAGUGAAAGUUCUAAAUUUCUAAGACAUAGACCACUUUUAGCCCAUUGAGCAUCGUUUGUACAUUAGGAUCGUUUGAAUAUGGAAUGUUUAUUUUGAUCCCAUAUAAUAGUAUUCUUUACAAAUCUUAGGUAAUAGAUUCAUUAUUAGAAAUGAUUGCUUGACUCUAACUCUGACUGUCUGAAUUAUUGAUUGAUUGGGUUGAUUUGACAAGCAGCAUUAUGUGUCUAUGCUUGGUUUGAGUGUUCAUAUAUUUUUCCUGAUAAAUCUGUUGCAAUGGUGAAAAAGUAUAAAUCUAUCCUAUAUAUUUGUGAGAAUACCUUUAAUAAUAUCGCAUAAGCUGGUAAUCACCAUAUUUGGAAUCAGUAACAGCGGCCGCUUUUCCAUUGCAGGAACAUUUACAGCCCUUCUAGCCAUUCUGUUUCCAUUGCAUUGUAGGAUCAACCGAAUUUAUGAUGUGACAAACAAGUUUUACUACAUGUAGGACUAUUACUUAAUUUACAAUGCUCUAAAAUAACUUAAGCUAGCAGAACUGCUGAUGUGAGAUCAAGAACAACAACAACAACAAUUUACGUCUGCUGUGCCUAACAGUUUUCUCUUUACUAGUAUUCCCUACAACUUUUCACUAUUUCCUGCAGUGGAAAUGGCCUAUAUUCACGUACUUCUCUUUGCUUGCCACCAUGGCAGCAAAAUAUCAGUUGUAGGGGGAGGCAAUUCUAGAAUGUUUCAAUCUGGUCUUCAAGUCCGACAUCAUUUCCGGGUCCAAAUGCGCCUAAAUAAACAGCAAUGACAGAACCAUCGACUGUUUACUAUUAAAGAAGAUUGUAACAUACCUUAUCAACUGCAGCCAUUUCCUCUUCUCUUUCUCAUCGGUAUCACAGCUGAGUGUGUUUUAUUUGAGUCGGAUCAGUUAAAACAACCAGAGACACAGCAUUGCGGCAUACUGAUCACGUGACAGUUUGGACCUGGAAAUGGAAUUGUACGUCAUCACUUAACAACCGGAUUCAUUCUUCCCCAUAGACAGGGAUUCUAGAAUGCUUUAAGAAUUCUGCAAAAGUGUUGCCCGCUUGUACAAUUCCACAUAUUCUGUCAAAAGAAGAGAAUACCUCAGUGUUCAAGAAGCAUGCCUCUGUUAUUAUGUGAUUGUUGACAUCAAACAUACCAGGCUUCUACUGUAAGCUCCCAUUUUACAAACCGAAUUCACAAAACAAUUUACAGUGACGUUAGUAAAGUACAGUUAAAGUAAUGUUAAAUUGCAAAGCAUUUACCAUUUACAUUUGGAAAAAGUGCUAUGUGACAGUAAUAAUGAUAAUUCAUAGCAUUUACAUAAACAUAGGCAAGAUAGGAAUUUAAGUUACUUCCAUCACCACUGAGUUGGGCAGACUUAACAUGCACUAUUAAUAUACUGAAAACAUCUUUGUUGAUUGUGGUAACCUAAGUGGUAUCCCAUCAAUUACUUACACAACAUUUCAUCUUUACUGAAACUGGAACUGGGAAACUCUUCACUAUGUUCACAGUUGGUCAGAGAUUUUCUAAGUUAUAUAUUUUAUUACUUCUAUUUAUUGCUUAUUUAUUUUUCAUUUAUCUAAUUAGUUUUUUUAGUCUUGCCAUUUGAUUGUGUUCCACUAUGUGCAUUGAACUUCAUAAGUGCCCGUGCAAUUUCUUCUUUUUAUACAUUUCAUUCUUUAGGCUGUAUUGUAAUAGGAUUGUGAGUGGAACUGCUCUGAAUGUUUUGUCAAGUUUCCUUUAUUUAUUAUCUUUUGUUAAAUUAAAAUAUCAAGCUAGUCAGCUAGCAAAAACAGCUCAUCAGCACCUCAUUUCAGGGUCAGCAUCACUUUUAACUCAAAUCUAAUAAGUUAGUUUAAAAAAAAACCCAGUACAGUACAGUACAAUGACCAACCUUAUAAAACCAUUAGCUUUUGAAUGCUAAUACUGUUGAUUUUGUACAUAACUGAUUACAAGCUAACUUAAUAGUCUUGAUUUGUUUGUAGCCAUCAGUUUUGAUGUUGAAUGUUGAAUCAUUUUACAGAUAGCAAAGACAAAAUCAUUUUUAAUAAUGAGACAACUGCAUGUUCAAUAAAAUAACACAAUACGGUAAACACCGUAAACUGCAAAAAAAUUCAUGUAAUUUCCACAUUUGUGCAGAUUGUCAGUCUUCAAGGAUCUGGUAAGACUAUAUUUUUUUUUUUCCCCACAGUGCUGCUUAGUAUCAGAUUUUGCUCAUCAACUUGAAAUAAGAUUUUUGGAUUUGCUGGUACAUUUGAUUGUUUCAAAGAAAUCAGGCUGUGUUUCCUAAUGUAACCUGGCCUUUGUUUACUGGAUAUUGAGCCUUAAUGUUGGUAUUACGCAUGAAUGUUGUUUAAACUGAUAGAAUUGCCUUCUCAGUAACUUUGAUUUGUUUUUAGAAAAAAUAUAGUAAACAGGAUUUAAUUACAAUUUCGGAGAUAAAUUGUUAAUCUGUAGACUACACACCAUUAGAGGGGAAUUUUGUUCAGCAAGAAGAAAAAAAAAAAGCCAUUCGAUAUAUGUGCAAAUGUGGCUCUUGUGUGUAUGGGUUUUCAGCAGAAACUGCAACAGCACUGUGUACUGCACUGUUCUUUUUUUUUUUUUUAAAUCCACAUAGAAGACAGCCUUUAAAAUACUGAUCAGUUUCAUACAGUGUCACUUUCCAGCUCUUUCUCGCUCUGUAUUUACUGUCUGCCAUGUCUGUUCACUGUUAUGGGCUAUGUCUUAAUAUUCACAUACACUCAACGCUGAAA